UUCUUGAGCGGGUAAAACUGCCUUCAGAGAGCUCUGGUUGCAGAAGGGGCAUCACUGUUCCUGACUUUCAAGGAAAGCUUGAUAGUAACCUGCUAUUUGAAGAGCGCUUGGUGUGCGGCGCUUGUCUCUCCUGACAAGUGAGAAGAGCAACAGUCAGCAUCGCAGGCCUGUAGAGACAAGGGGAAGACCUCGGAGGAAAGCGGACAAGGGGUGGAGGAAACCUAUAAAAUGCCUCCUUUUUCUAGAACAGUGACUAGGGGAGGGGUGAGAAAGACAAAAGGUGAGGAGGGAAGCGGGUAUACAUAGAGGAAGGAGAUACAAAGGGGGUGUGAGAAACCACAGGUGAAGGAAAGGAGGAAAGAGAAAGCAGUGGGAAGAUGGUUAAAAAGUCCAAAGUCUCCAUGGUAAGACCCUACACGAAGUAACAGAACAACGAGUCGUUUAAAGACAAGAGGCCAUUCAGGUGAGUAAAAUGGUCAAUGUGACAAACUGCAGGAAGCUCAGGGAGUAAGAAUUUGGAACUGGCUUUCUUUAAAUUUAAAACAAGCAAUAGUAAGAACCAUCAGAAAUCUGGAAGCAUAAUGAAGUGAGGCAGCCGCCUUCUCUCUGUUUACAGAAAAAGGACGACAUGUGCUGGGUUAUUUAUAUACUUUUGGAGUAUUUUUCCUUGUUUAAUAGUGUCCAUCUAAUGUGAGAAAGUUCACGUCCUUAUGAAUGUUGUCCUUGUUAGUUUUAAUUACCUCCUAAACAGUAAGCUGUUUAUGCUUUCCUGUUAGUUCAGCUUUUUCAUAUGACACUGAUAUCUGAUAACCAAAGAAAGCUUUAAUGCCUAGAGAGAGUUUGACAUUAUUUAAUUUAAACGGAUUCUUGUUCCUGAGAAGGCUAUCUGAUAACUGCAGAAACCUAUAACCACUAGAGAUGAACUUUGCUGUCAUAUGGCUGGAUUCUUCUUGCUAGAUUUAGUUGGAAGCUUUACAUUGUUUCUUUUUUGUAUGUGCGCAUUUUGUAGAAUAUUUGCUCUUCAUUACAUGCAUAGUAAAAUUGACAGCACUAUCUUAUACAUACUCUACUCAGAAGCAGUUCCAUUGCAUUCCUUGGAGCUUACUCCCAGGUAAGUGUGCUGCUAAACUGCCUGAUCUAAAUAAGAAUAUUUUAGGGGUGGCUUCCAGGUCUGUUCUGACUUAACGGAGGCAGCCUCCAAGACAGCAGGAGAUUGUUGGCGAAGGAAAAACGAGGAUGAUUGAGGGUAAUUAUCCUUGCAAAUUCCCCCCAAGGAAAGUGGGGAAUGGGCUUCACUCGCAGUUCGUCUUGGUACCUGGCUCUCGCUCCGGCAUGGAAUGUGGGAGGCAGGGAGGCGCAGAGUGUAAAAGCCCUUUGCCUGGCAAAAACCCUCCAACACCACCAUUAAGAAGCAGAGGUUAUCCUGUUAAUUAGAGCUUAAUUGGACUAAAGUACAGGCACAUGCUAGAAGAGAUGAGAUCACAAACUGUGGAACAAACCAACUACAAGGACUUUAAGGUGUGAACUUGAGAUAAGACUUCAUUUGGUGCAAAAGACAGCGGGAGGGGAGCCUACGGUUUCUUUAUUUAAAGUUUUCUUCUCUAAAUUUAUGAUUCGGCAACCAUCCUCUGAAUGUUAGUUCAAAUUAUAUUUAUACAAGCAAGUAUGGAAUAAAUUGGAUUAUAAAUAUGGAUUAUAGCAUCAAACGGAAUUGUGUGUGUUGAAAAAGGAAAAAGGAAGGGAAGCUCUAUUUUGCAAAAGAUUUAUGAUGGAGACUUAGAGCUGACUUGUCCCCAUCCUUUAUUAUUUAUGAAGUCAAUAAAAUGAUUACAAAUGUGAUUGAAAUUAAUAAGAUUUUGGAACACAGAAAUAAAGAAAAUCAUCAAACCAUCAAAUCUAGCUUGCGGGGGGGGGCUCUUUGGCUAAAUUAUAUAAUUCGGUAUUUGAACGAUUGGUAUUAACAACUGCAUUAUAAAUUGGGUUUUUUUAAAUAAUGAGGCUAUUAUUGGACUGUAAUUGAAAACUAAUAAAAAACAUUACAUAAAAAGAAUAUUUUAGUGGUGGUGAUGAAGUCUGCACAUACACUAAUUUUAGAGAGGGGGGGAAGUCACAUGAUUUGGAAGUAGAAGACAGGACAAGAGCUUUCUUCUAAUUGCCUUAACCUCUAGAAACCAACAGAGUGUUCUGAGGCAUUUUGACUUGAGACUAUGUCCUACUUUAUUUAAUGGGACUUAGAAGAACAUGUGCAUAGAAUUAGAGAUCAAGGGCUACCUAUAGUUAGAGACAGAUGAGUGGUCUUGCUAACAGAAAUUUCUUCUUUAUUUAAGUUAUAAGAAUGCUGGAGCUGGCCUCAUCAUAGUCAGGGUGUUAUGGGAAGAUGAAUAGACCAGAGAAACCAAAUGCUCUUGGACCAAGCUGAUGGGGGGGCAUUGUUAGACCACCAAGUACAAUUGCAUUGUUAUUCUUUUGAAGUGGUUAUUACUAGAGGCAAGCUGUGCAAAACCAGCCAACUUGCCCAUGAUCUGAAUUCAGCUGAAACAGCUCUUUUGAUUUCCCACUUUUUAAUUUCUUUUUUGUUUGGAAUUCCUCAAUAUCUCUGCCAAUAAAUUCCCAUAUGAUGGUUAUGUAGCGCAUGUCCCAUGUGAAACUAGAUGUCUGGUUUGUGAGUGUGUGUGUGAUGUAUUAUCCCACUCCUAUUUAAUGUAUCUAUGUGUAGAUAUUUGCAUGUCAGUCCAUGUAUGUUAGGUCUCUGGAAAAAUCGAGGCCCUCUUUACCCUCAGCCGUUCAGUCAGGGAAAAUAAAAAGUACCAUUCCAUCAGGAUUGAUCCCCAAAUACUAUCAUCAUGAACUUGUGCUUUCACUUGGAAUGUGUCCGAUUUCAUUCCAGUUAACAGACCACAAGUACUAGACUUGUUCUGUGAGGUACAUUAGGUAUAGUUAGUGGUAGGCUCACGAGUGCUGUAUGGCAUUGCAUAUUUGAACUCUUUCCCCUCAGAAUCAUAGAAUCAUAGAAUCAUAGAAUCAUAGAGUUGGAAGAGACCACAAGGGCCAUCGAGUCCAACCCCCUGCCAAGCAGGAAACACCAUCAGAGCACUCCUGACAUAUGGUUGUCAAGCCUCUGCUUAAAGACCUCCAAAGAAGGAGACUCCACCACACUCCUUGGCAGCAAAUUCCACUGUCGAACAGCUCUUACUGUCAGGAAGUUCUUCCUAAUGUUUAGGUGGAAUCUUCUUUCUUGUAGUUUGGAUCCAUUGCUCCGUGUCCGCUUCUCUGGAGCAGCAGAAAACAACCUUUCUCCCUCCUCUAUGUGACAUCCUUUUAUAUAUUUGAACAUGGCUAUCAUAUCACCCCUUAACCUCCUCUUCUCCAGGCUAAACAUGCCCAGCUCUCUUAGCCGUUCCUCAUAAGGCAUCGUUUCCAGGCCUUUGACCAUUUUGGUUGCCCUCCUCUGGACACGUUCCAGUUUGUCAAUGUCCUUCUUGAAGUGUGGUGCCCAGAACUGGACACAGUACUCCAGGUGAGGUCUGACCAGAGCAGAAUACAGUGGCACUAUUACUUCCCUUGAUCUAGAUGCUAUACUCCUAUUGAUGCAGCCCAGAAUUGCAUUGGCUUUUUAGCUGCCGCGUCACACUGUUGGCUCAUGUGAAGUUUGUGGUCAACCAAGACUCCUAGAUCCUUUUCACAUGUACUGCUCUCAAGCCAGGUGUCCCCCAUCUUGUAUUUGUGCCUCUCAUUUUUUUGCCCAAGUGCAAUACUUUACAUUUCUCCCUGUUAAAAUUCAUCUUGUUUGUUUUGGCCCAGUUCUCUAAUCUGUCAAGGUCGUUUUGAAGUGUGAUCCUGUCCUCUGGGGUGUUAGCCACCCCUCCCAAUUUGGUGUCAUCUGCAAAUUUGAUCAGGAUGCCCUUGAGUCCAUCACCCAAGUCGUUGAUAAAGAUGUUGAAUAAGACCGGGCCCAAGACAGAACCCUGUGGCACCCCACUAGUCACUCUUCUCCAGGAUGAAGAGGAACCAUUGAUGAGCACCCUUUGGGUUCGGUCAGUCAGCCAGUUACAAAUCCACUGAGUGGUAGCAUAGUCAAGACCACAUUUUACCAGCUUCUUUACAAGAAUAUCAUGAGGCACCUUGUCAAAUGCCUUGCUGAAAUCAAGGUAGGCUACAUCCACUGCGUUCCCUUCAUCCACCAGGCUUGUAAUUCUGUCAAAAACGAGAUCAGGUUAGUCUGACAUGACUUAUUUUUCAGAAAUCCAUGCUGACUAUUGGUGAUCACAGCAUUCCUUUCUAGGUGCUCACAGACUGUUUGCUUAAUGAUCUGCUCCAGAAUCUUCCCUGGUAUUGAUGUCAGACUGACUGGGCGGUAAUUAUUUGGGUCCUCUCUUUUCCCCUUUUUGAAAAUAGGGACAACAUUUGCCCUCCUCCAGUCUGCCGGGACUUCGCCUGUUCUCCAGGAAUUCUCAAAGAUGACUGCCAGUGGUUCUGAGAUCACAUCUGCCAGUUCUUUUAAUACUCUUGGAUGCAGUUCAUCUGGCCCUGGAGACUUGAAUACAUCUAAACUAGCCAAGUAUUCUUGUACUAUCUCCUUAGUUAUUCUGGGCUGUGUUUCCUUUGCUGAAUCAUUUGCUCCAAAUUCUUCAGGUCGGGCAUUGUUUUCUUUAUCGGAGAAGACUGAGGCAAAGAAGGCAUUGAGGAGUUCAGCUCUUUCUGUGUCCCCUGUUUGCAUUUCACCAUCUUCUCCUCUGAGUGACCCCACUGUUUCUUUGUUCUUCCUUUUGCUACGGACAUACCCAUAAAAGCCUUUUUGUUGCUUUUAACCUCUCUAGCAAGCCUGAGUUCAUUCUGUGCUUUAGCUUUUCUGACUUUGUGUCUACACGUGCUGGCUAUUUGUUUGAAUUCCUCUUUGGUGGUUUCCCCCUUUUCCAUUUUUGUACACAUCCUUUUUAAUCUUAACUCAGUUAAAAGUUCUUUAGAUAGCCACCCUGGCUUCUUUAGGCACCUUCCAUGUUUCCGUCUCAUUGGUAUUGCCUGACGUUGUGCUUUUAGUAUCUCCCUCUUAACAAACUCCCAGCCAUCAUGAACUCCCUUUCCUUUUAGUAUUACUGUCCAUGGGAUCUCACCCAGCACUUCCCUAAGUUUUAUGAAGUCAGCUUUCUUAAAGUCAAGAAAUUGAGUCCUAGUAUGCUUGGCUGCUCCUUUCCGCUGUAUAGUAAACUUCAGAAGAGCAUGAUCACUUGCGCCUAAUGAUCCUUCCACUUCUACCCCACUAACCAGGUCAUCAACAUUGGUUAGGACCAGAUCUAAAAUGGCUGUUCCUCUUGUUGCUUCUCCCACUUUCUGGACAAUGAAGUUGUCUGCAAGGCCAGUGAGGAAUCUGUUUGACCUUAUGCUCUUGGCUGAGUUUGACAUCCAACAAAUAUCCGGGUAAUUGAAGUCCCCCAUUACUACUAUCUCCCUUCCUUUUGCAUGCUUGGCCAUCUGUUCCAGGAAGGCAUCAUCUAUGUCCUCCGUUUGGCUUGGGGAUCUAUAGUAAACUCCCACAAUGAGGUCACUGUUAUUCUUCUCUCCCUUAAUUUUGACCCAAAUGCUCUCACUUUGGCUUUGAGGUUCUAAAUCUUGGAUCUCUUCACAGGUAUACACAUCCCUGACAUAUAACGCCACUCCUCCUCCUUUCUUGUCUGGUCUGUUUCUCUGAAAUAGAUUGUAUCCCCCCAUUAUUACAUUCCAAUCGUGGGACUUAUCCCACCAGGUUUCAGUGAUGCCUAUUAUGUCAUAUUUAGUUUGCUGUACCAAGAGCUCAAGCUCAUCUUGUUUAUUUCCCAUGCUUUGCGCAUUAGUGUACAGACAUUGAAGUCCAUUAAUCAUUCCCCCGUGACUCUUAUUUAAGCAUUUCUUCCUCCCACCACUAGGUCUGUGUGCUGUUUGCUCCAUUUGGUCUAUGACAUUUGGAUGAUCAUCUUCAUCAAUUGAUAGACUCCUACCUUCAGGAGCACUAUCUCCCUCCCCCACAUUAGUCAGUUUAAAGCCCUCCUGAUGAGGUUUCUGAGAUUUUUGGCAAAAACAUUUCUCCCAACCGUUGUGAGGUGCAGCCCAUCGCUUGCCAGAAGUCCAUCUUCAAGAAACUGCAGUCCGUGAUCUAAGAAUCCAAACCGUUCCUGUUUACACCAUUUGCGAAGCCAGCUGUUCACUUCCACUAUUUUCCCCUCUCUCCCUGGGCCACGUCGUUCAACUGGGAGGACAGAUGAGAUCACAAUUUGUGCAUUUAAUUGCUUCAAUUUCCUGCCCAGAGCCUCGUAGUCUCUUUUGAUCUUCUGGAGGCUAUUGCUUGCAGUGUCAUUGGUUCCCACGUGAACCAAGAGGAAGGGGUAUUUGUCAGUGGGUUUUAUGAUUCCUUGCAGUCGUUCAGUUACAUCUUGGAUCUUAGCCCCGGGAGACAGCACACUUCCCGAGACAUCUUGUCAGGCCCACAGAUCACUGCUUCUGUUCCCCUCAGUAGGGAAUCCCCUAUCACCACUACACGCCUCCUCUUAGGUUUGGCCGGGGUUCUUCUGUGAGCUGUCCGCUCCAAGGUCGCCUGCACAUUCCCUGAGGACUGACUUUGCUGCUCGUCUUCAUAUACCUGAUCGACUGUAAUGAGGGAGAGAUCCUCAAAUGGAGUCUGCUCUUCGUCUUCCAUGCUAGGGGAGAGGACCUCAAAGCGAUUGUGUAUUUCUAAACAAUCAGAGCGAACCCUGGGCCUCCUACUUCUUUGAGUCACGUUUCUCCAUAUAUCUGGCUCCUGUGUUGGUGAACUAGCGUCCUUCUCAGGGGAGUCCCCUGUCUCCUCCUUGGUGGAGACGGUGUGCUCUGUUGCUUCCAAGAAGAGCUCCAGCUCUCUAAUUCUUUGGAGCGUAGCUACACGUUCCUCCAGUUGCUGGACUUUGUCUUUUAAGAGGGCAAUCAACAUGCAAUUGCUGCAGGUAAAGCUGCCUGCAACCUUUGGCAAGAUGGCAAGCAUUGCGCAGGAACCGCAGGCGACUGCAGCUGUUCCCUCCCCUCCAUCUUGAGAACGUGUCGUUGGGGGUGGCUACAGUGGUCCUCCAUCAUAAAAAGCGUGAAGACAGGAAAAAUAACUCCCCCACAAAAAACCUAGGUCUUCCCCAACAAACGUUUGAGACUAGCUCCCUAAAUCUAAAAGAUGGAUAAAACUGCGCGCGCCGCUAGGCUGCGCCGCUGCCCUGCAAUCUCUGAUAAGCUCCUCCCACAGCUAAUCACCUGCCUCAACAGAAACCCUGCCCCCUCUGACCUUUGCACAGGGAGAGCAGCCAAUCAGCCACAAAGAAACACACACACACAAGAAAACCCUUUUUGCUCCUUCUUCAACUGCUGCCCUGCAAUCUCUGAUAAGCUCCUCCCACAGCUAAUCACCUGCCUCAACAGAAACCCUGCCCCCUCUGACCUUUGCACGGGGAGAGCAGCCAAUCAGCCACAAAGAAACACACACACACAAGAAAACCCUUUUUGCUCCUUCUUCAACUGCUGCCCUGCAAUCUCUGAUAAGCUCCUCCCACAGCUAAUCACCUGCCUCAACAGAAACCCUGCCCCCUCUGACCUUUGCACAGGGAGAGCAGCCAAUCAGCCACAAAGAAACACACACACACAAGAAAACCCUUUUUGCUCCUUCUUCAACUGCUGCCCUGCAAUCUCUGAUAAGCUCCUCCCACAGCUAAUCACCUGCCUCAACAGAAACCCUGCCCCCUCUGACCUUUGCACAGGGAGAGCAGCCAAUCAGAUACAAAGAAACACACACACACAAGAAAACCCUUUUUGCUCCUUCUUCAACUGCUGCCCUGCAAUCUCUGAUAAGCUCCUCCCACAGCUAAUCACCUGCCUCAACAGAAACCCUGUUUCUCAGCCUUUGUACAAAACCCUAACCAGCACAUGGGAGGUGUUUGUUUGCAUGUUUGUUUACUAUUACAUUUAUACUCCAUGGAGGGAACUCCAUGGAGCUCAAGGUGGCCAGCAUACUUCUCCUCCUCAUUUUCUCCUCACAACAACCCUGUGAGGUAGGUUAGGCUGAGAUUGAGUGGCUGGCCCAAGGUCACCCAGUGAGUUUCAUGGCUGAGUGGGGAUUCAAACCCUGGUCUCCCAGGUCCUAGUUCACCCUCUAAACACUACACCACACUGGCUCUCAACUGCACAUGCUUGAUCAGGCUAUUUCAUCCCUAGUACUCAACAUUUUACAUUGCACCAGAGGCUGCAGCAGCAGAGGAGUAUGUUUGCCUGUCCAGAUAUGGUGGUGGUGGUGGUGGUGAUGGUGAUGCAGCCCAUCUGGCAGGGUUGCCCCAGUCACUCGAGGUAGCUUCCAACAAAUUAAAACACAGUAAGACACCAAACAUUUUAAACUUCCCUAUAGAGGGCUGCUUUCAGAUGUCUUUGAAAAAUCAGAUAGUUGUUUAUUUCCUUGGUUAUGGAUCUAGCACAAAUAAUAUUACAUGGCUCCUCUUUGUAGCAGUCCCUGUAUUAGCAAAUUCUGGGUGAUGCACUAUAUAUAAAACCAAUCAGACACCAAACUGAACAGUCUCAGCUGCCCCAGUGUCUUCUCUCUGGAUUUUCCUAUGGUGAGACAAUUCCUAAGGGUUCAGAGUUCAGAAUGGUGAGAUUCUGAAUCCACAGUCUCUUGGGAACUAUGCAAAGUAUUCUCACUGUUGCAAGCAAGUUAUGCAUUAUUUUUAUCACAUACAUUUUAUUUUAACACAUACAUUUUAUUUUAUCCCUGUACUUUGCCCUUGGGAAUGUCAGUACUCGGUUGGAAGGAAUCUGAAGCAUACCAGCAUAGGCAAUCAUUCCUCUUCCAGCUCCUUUCUCUUUGGCCUGUAGGCUGAUUUCACAUACCCUCCUCCACUGUCCUUGUCUCCUUUGUGUCAUCACAGCACUUGAAAGAAAUAGAACAGAUGAGCAGUUACAUGAGCAGUGGGGAUCAAGAACAGACCAAAAGAUCUCAUCAGAGAACCAAUUUGAUUUCCCCUCCUUUUCAAAGGAGACUUUAAAAAAUAAAAAGCCCCGAUAUUUAAAUAUUGGGUGAAUAUCUACUGAAAAAACAAAACUGUUCAAAAAUGUGUUUGAUUAAUUUGCUCCCAUAAAAAUUAAAAACCCAGCCCCCUCUGGAUUAUGCUAUGUUUCCCCUUUCUAGCUAAUUUGUAUGUAGGUUAGAAUGUGAACAUAUUGUCACGUCAGUAAGAAACAUCUGUCCAUUUGUCUACUAGAACAGGUGUGGGAGAAAGUAAGGUCAGGAUCUAUUGGUAGAUUGUUGGAUAAUUUGCAAUGUAAGGAUUUCCUGUCUCCCAGUCACAAGUUACAAUACCUUACCUACCCCACCCUAAAUUAGGUAGUUAGAAUCCCUGAUCUGUAGUGAACUAGAUUUGUACUUACGUAUAUACAGGCCAUUACACUCAUAGGUAAUUUACCUGACCUCUUGAGCCACUGUUUUAUACCUAAACCACGAGCUCCAGUUGAUGAAUCUUGAGGUUCUAGUAAAAAAGAUAAACUAAACACCAUUGAUUCAACAAACCAGCGAAGACAUGGUGCCUUAAAAACUCACACUUCCGGGUUAGCGCCAUCGCCGAAUGGCGGACUCCCUCCGAGCUCCGGAGGGAGUCUGCUCGGCAGGGGCUGGGUCCUACCGCGCCGGCGACGCGGGGACCCUUCAAAACCACGGGCACGGAGUCCGUGGACAUGGGUGACUCGGCUUGCACCAUUAGCGCCCUCCCGACUCGUGAAGAAGCCUUUUAAAGGCUUCGGAUCGGGUGCCGGGAGUGGCGUGGUGCUUUGAGUCCACUGCUUUCACUGCCGAGCGCAGCCGCAUGCCAUUCGACGGAGAGCGCUGACUUCUUCCAUUGAAAAUUUGGACUAUUAACAACAACCCGUGAGUAAUUGGGAAACCGGGUUCAAAAUUUUGGAUUUGGCACGAGCGGGGCGAUUUAAAAGGAAGUCAAUCCCCCUAUUGUAAGCAUUCCAAAACAAGGACUGGGUAACCAAGGUCCAAAGGGAAGUAUAUCUCUGAUAAAAAUCAUUAAUUUCACGAUGGGAAAUUAUAAGAAAUGUGCUGGAGGAGAAGAGUGGAGGGUGAGAAGAAAAUGCAACCCCCCCCCUGGGAACCGGGGCGAUUCGUGGAGCCUGGUGAAGAGAGACGGAGACUUUGACAGCUGUCAAAGUGGCUGUCAAAGCUGGAGAAUAUAAAGAGGACUUUGUUAUGAGGACCUUGCUGGUUAAUUUUGUUACAAUUUGCUAUAAUAUGGAUAUAAACUGUUGGAAAAUAAGCAACAAUUUGACUUUUGGAUUAGAGGAUACAAAGUUAUUACAAUCCCCUAGAGGGGUUUCGGGAUACUACAAGAACGGUCGUAAGUGGAAAAAUACCCUGGGAUUCGUACAGGACUUGUUAUCUUCUGGGAAAGCUGCAAAACUGAAAGAGUAUUUUGUCUACAGAGGAAGACAAUGGAAUUUUUUAUUGAAGAAAGGAAGGGACUGGACGUAAGUUUUGUUCCUGAAUAACAAACCUCUGCAGAGACACUAGAUUUCUGAAUUAGAAAGUUUUAGCAGCUGAACAGGACAAGAAACCUGAGAAAGUGAGGAAUAAGAAGAAUAAAGGACUGAUUACGACACGGAAAGAACAACGGGAGGAGUGGUAAAGAUCAAGGAAAUUAAAGGCCUUUGUUAUAUUGGACAUUUGAAGUUAAAUAUUAUUUAAAUUAAUAAAUUAAAAGAAAACCGUAAAGAUGGAAUCGGGUAUAAAUCUGGUCAUUAAAUGAGACUUCCAAGCUGAUAAUGUAUAGACUGAUGUACAUGGGGAAUUCAAACCGGGAAGGGGGAGAUUUGAAAUCCAAAGGCUGUGUAACCAUCUUUUGAAUUUUUCUAUAUUUUCUUAUUUUCUAUUUCUUUACAUAACUUACGCAUGUUAUUCUACUUUGAUCGGACGUGUUUAAAAAAAAGGGAAUUUGUGGAAGGAACUGGGGUGGAUCUUGGGGAAAAUCUUUUUUCUUUUUCUGUUAAUGAUGUGGGACGGUGGUAAGAUUUGUACAAUUCAAUCUGGAUAGUGGGUUAAACAAAUUAAGCUUUAAAUUGGGAGUGAGAGCUUGUAGAACCAAAUUAAGGAAAGGGGAAUACAAUUGGGGGGGGAGGGGGGGAGUCCCAGAAAGUAGGGAAUGAAAGUAAGGUUUUUAAAUAACUUUUUUCUUCUGUCUUUUUUCUUUGUAUUUUUAUAUUUUUGGAAACUUUAAUAAAUAUGAUUUAAAAAAAAAAAAAAAACAUAAAAACUCACACAGAAGUUAUGGCAGAAGCUUUUGUGAACUAAAGCCCACAGUGAUGCAUGGAGUGUUGCCCGCAGUUUGAUAUUCUCUCUCUCUCUCACACACACACACAUACACACACACACACACACACACACGUACAUGAAAAGAGACUGGAAGGGGGUAGAGUAAACAGUGGAGCCAAGCACCAUGGAAUUCAAGAAAUACAGCUUGUGAUGCAUCUGUGCAAAAUUCAGAUGUUCCAUAUAAUGCUGAGAAAGCUGUAUGAUGUCCUUCUUUAGACCAGUAUCAUGCUAAGUUUUUGCUACGAGGCAUUUAUCCAUGUUGUUCCCUGCGUCUCCUUAAAUAAACAAAUAAAAGCAAUCUCCCUUUUACUGACUGCACCACAAUACAGCCUCAAAAAUGAAGCUGUAGUCUUCUCUUUCCACCGCACUCAGACUAUGUCAAUACAGUAUUUCUUAAUCUUCCUGGGUUCAUCCGUAUUAUUUGGCUGUCCUCGCUGGCGUAUCCAACACCUCCCAAUUUAGUACCAGACAUAAGAUUUACAUGCUUUGUUACAUGCCAGUUCAAUCAGCUUUGAACUCGCUGAUAAAGAUACAAAGUAAAACACCCAUCUGUGCAGCAGCAUUCAGCACACUCACACCCAAGGUAUGAUAACGCCACUUAGCAUUAUCCUUUGCUUGCAGUCCUUCAACUCAGUAUAUUCACAGCAUUCAUAAACAUGGAGGGAAGCUUUUGGAGUAUACCGUACUUUCCAAUUCAAUUGUUUUACAAUAAUCUCUGUGGUUUCAGAGAACAAUGUGUAGCAAAACAACAGAGACUCUUACAGCACUUUAAUGAUGAGUCAGAAGACUCUCUGAGAUUUCAGAGCAUCUCAGAGACAACUAGCUUCUUUUUCCCCUCUCCCUUUGUAGUGUGAGUUCUAGAUUGAUUAUUGUUAAGUAUCUCGUUUAUUUGGUACAGUUUUAAAAAGCAGCAACAUAAUGUUGAAUGCUGCAUUGAUUUUAGAUUGCCCUGCUGUAAGUCAUCCCUGAGAUUCACUUUUUAUUUUAAUUAAAAUGUAUGUGUCUAUUUGAGAGAUUUAUGUCCCACUUUGGGGCAGAAGCUCUCAAGGCACUUACAAAAACAAUUUCACACUGGAGAAACCUUUUCUUGAUACUUCAAAGUUUAAAGGCACUAGGCAAAGUUGCCUUGGGAUAAAUUUCUAGCAUGGGUGCCAACACAGUAAAAGCCCUUUCAGUGGUCAACUUCAAAUAUGAAAUUAUUCUUCCAUGAGGUUCAUCCCACAGUGUGGCCAUAAUGCAGCCUUUUUCAGCCUUGGGUCCCCAUAUGUUGUUGGACUACAAGUCCCAUCAUCCCUGCCCGCUGGUCCUGCUAGCUAUGGAUGAUGGGAGUUGUAGUCCAACAACAUAUGUGGACCAAAGGAUGAGAAUGGUUGUCAUAAUGUUUAAAAGCUCAGAACUGCAUAGGUGGGGCCAUUUGUGCAAGUCCUUCAUAUCUGAUCGUAGCUGAACCAGAAUCAGGAACCAACACAAUUGGCCCCGAUUGCACCGUGCCAUACCUUUAAAUGUUACAACCACACCAUGGGAUGAAGCUACGGAAAAACUAUUCCAAAGCCACUGCUAUAACAUCUAAAAGGCACCAAAAGCAAACGGCAUCAAUGUUUUCCUUUUGAACAGACAUCCUUGUUAAAGAAUAUCCAUACUAGAUGGGCUUAGCUUCGAGCAUUCCUUUUGUGCAGUGAAUAUUGUAAUAUCUUAAUUUCACCCAUCACAAGUUCAGCACCCAUCACAAGAAGCAUUUUACAGAGAAGGCCCUGAAGGCAGACUCAUAUAGGACCUUUUCCCCAUUGCAAGGGGAUUUCAUUUCCUAAUAGAGAUCUAUGUGGAAAGGGUCUAUGUGGAAAGGGUCCAAAAGUCAAGUUUCCCAAACUUAUAUUGGCCAUACAGAUUUUCAUUCAAAUUUGCACCAGCCAACAGACUUCCAUGUAUCAUAUGGUAGGGAAACGGCCAUGCAUUUAAAAAAAUACAUUUAAUCACUAACCCUCUUCUGCAGGGCUAACAGUCUUUGGUCACCUUUCUUGUGGGAAAACAUAGUGCUAGCUGUUGAGGUCUGCUAUUUAUAUCCCUGCAGAUCCCAUUUUAGCUAGGCCUCCAGGCUUUCUGUGUGUUAAGUGAAGGAUUCUUGGCCUCCCCGCAGCAAAUAACAGAAGUUCAUACAAAGAGAGUUCUCUGAAGCAGAAGCUUACAUGGGUGGAAUGGUCUGCCCACCUCGUAACAGGGAGUUCUUUAAACCGCUUCGCUAUUCUUUGCUUGUCAAGGACGCUGCUUUGUCUGGAGCAAAGAGUAAUGGAGUACGGUGUCUCUGUCUUCCCUCUCAUUCAGUGCAUGUGAUACCACAAGCAAAAGGAAGUUAUGGCCAUGAGAACAAGGAAGGGAAAACUUCCCUCCUCUGAAAGAAAGUAACAAAAGGUUUUUAUAGCUGGGUGAUCUCAAAGAAACAGUGCCAUAGGGAUGUCGACCACAACAUCCAGAUGUGUAGACGCCCGCUCUCAAAUGAACAGCAUUCGCUCACUCAAAGUUGUGUUCUGCUGCCCAACUUACAAUGGGACUGUUUUGAGGAAGGGAAAUAGAUACGUAAGUAGAGGCGUGGUGAAUGGAAACACUGGAGAGUUUGGCUACUAGGUUAAAUGAGGUCAUCACACAGUGAGUUCAUGGUAGACAGGCAUGGGUGUAUGACCAAAGACUUAGGCACGAGUGGUCCCAUGCAAGGUGGCUGAGAGUACUUGUGAUAUGCUUACAGAGGUGCUUUGAUGUAUAAAAGAAGCAGAACUGCAAGCUUUAGGCUGCAAUCCACUGCCUACUUUUUUUGGGAGUACUCCCUCCUGGAUUCAAUGUGACUUGUUUCUAAGUAGACGUGUUUAGGAUUAUGAUAUUGCUAAUCAAUUUCUUUGCUAGAUUAAACAACUAAAACAACACAGUGGGGCAAAAUAUGAAUUGGUGAUGCUGAGACCAAGUGACACAUUUUUCAACUUUCCUGAAGUACUUUGACUUAGUAAUCCUACUUCAGUAUAGUACAGUGGUACCUUGGGUUAAGUACUUAAUUCGUUCCGGAAGUCCGUUGUUAACCUGAAACUGUUCUUAACCUGAAGCACCACUUUAGCUAAUGGGGCCUCCUCCUGCUGCCGCACCGCCAGAGCACGAUUUCUGUUCUCAUCCUGAAGUGAAGUUCUUAACCUGAGGUACUAUUUCUGUGUUAGCGGAGUCCAUAACCUGAAGCGUAUGUAACCCGAGGUACCACAGUACUAUAAUGAAGUGGUAUAAUGCUUUAUCUACAAAAAAAAAAGUUGCCUUUAUCUGCUUCCACAGUUGCUUUUGUGGCAGUUUUGGAGUCUUUCAAAUGCCACUCUAUCUACAAAGGAAGUACUAUUUAUUGGCAAUUAUUUCUCUUCCAUUGCAUUCGCAUUUGCAUUUUUAAAAAUGGUGUUAUAUGUUAUAACAUUGUACACUGCCCUGGAUAUGAGAUGAUAUGGAAGUACUUUUAUGCAUAAAUAAGAUUAUUUCAGCAAGACACACAAACUCUCUCUCUCCUCUCUCUCUCCCUCAGAGACCAGUCUCUCUGCUGAGCCAAAAUGGGUGACUGGAGCUUCCUAGGAGAAUUUCUGGAGGAAGUCCACAAGCAUUCCACAGUGGUGGGGAAAGUCUGGCUGACCGUGCUCUUUAUCUUCCGGAUGCUUGUCCUGGGCACAGCCGCAGAGUCUUCGUGGGGAGAUGAACAGUCAGACUUCAUGUGUGACACCCGGCAACCGGGUUGCGAGAACGUCUGCUACGACAAAGCUUUCCCCAUCUCCCACAUCAGGUACUGGGUCCUCCAGAUCAUCUUUGUCUCCACCCCUUCCCUGCUGUACAUGGGACAUGCAAUGCACACAGUGCGCAUGGAGGAGAAGAGGAAGCUAAAGGAGGCCAAAGAAGCGUCGGCAGCAAUUCAGAGCAAGGGAGAUUCUUUCCACCAGCAGGAGUACCAAGCACCCGAGAAGGCAGAGCUGUCCUGCUGGGAUGAGCCAAGUGGGAGGAUCAUUCUUCAAGGCACUUUGUUGAACACCUACGUCUGCAGCAUUUUAAUCCGUACCACCAUGGAGGUAGCAUUCAUCAUUGGGCAGUACAUGCUGUAUGGAAUCUUCCUUGAGACGCUCUAUAUCUGUCAACGGAAGCCUUGCCCCCAUCCAGUCAACUGCUACGUCUCUCGGCCAACUGAGAAGAACAUCUUUAUCAUUUUCAUGCUGGCCGUAGCAGCACUCUCCCUGUUCUUAAGCCUGGCUGAACUAUAUCACUUGGGAUGGAAGAAAGCCAAGCAGAAGUUCUCCCAUCCUUACAAACGCAGCCCCAGCCCAGUCGCCAGCAAACUGGAAACAGACCCCCAAGCAAAGAUGACCCAAGGCUGUACCCCUCCUCCAGAUUUUAAUCAGUGUUUGGCCAACCCUGGUGGAAAAUUUAUCAGUCCCUUCAGCAACAAAAUGGCCUCUCAGCAGAACACUGCCAAUUUUGCAACGGAGAGGGUUCACAACCAAGACAACGUAGACAGGGAAGCUCCAUUUAUCCAAGUUAACUAUUCUCAGGCUUCGGAGGCCGCCAAUAGCUCCACACCCACCCUGGUUCCCAAUGGCUACUUCCACGACAAACGUAGGCUCAGCAAAACCAGCCACGCCAGCAGUAAAGCUCGCUCUGAUGACCUGUCCGUGUGAAUUGUGUUCUGUGGGGGCAACAGGAAGGGAAGACUCUCUGAUGUGACAAAAACUUGCAGUGUAGAUUUUGAAACCCUGGCAGUCUGGGGUCCAAUCAGCCAGUUCAACUCAUUAAGUGAAUGGCCUGGCAUAUUGCAAAAAGUUUAUGUCAAAGCUUAUUUCAUUAUUUGAGUUUGUUAACAUACAGUCAGAAAGGGGAGUGAUCUAUUUCAAAACAAAUACUAAAAUAAGCUUUGGUUACUAGAGAAAGGACUGAAGCUGAAGAAUACUUUGAGUAGAUAUCACUCUCCACUUAAACCAGUAUAAUCAUUCUGAUUUUUCCAAAGAAUGCUGGAGUGAUAAUAAUAAAAAUAAUAAUUUUAUUAUUUAUACCCUGCCCAUCUGGCUGGGUUUCCCUAGCCACUCUGGGCGGCUCCCAACAGAACACUAAAAAUGGAAUAAAACUUCAAACAUUAACAACUUCCCUAAAAAGGGCUGCCUUCAGAUGUCUUCUAAAAGUGAGAUAGUUGUUUAUUUCCUUGACAUCUGAUGUGAGGGCGUUCCACAGGGCGGGUGCCACUACCAAGAAGGUGACAUCUUUAGUGGAAGUCCCAAGCCCUUUCAUAAAUCCCUAUAUCACUAUAAAUCCCUGGAUUUCUUGAUUGGAUUUAUGAUAGUUUCAAUUUGCAGUGGCUUUGGUUGCUAUUUUGGACAAAUCCUUAAACUAGCAGACCCUAACACUCUGCUAUUUAAUAGGGAGGUGUCAUUGAUUGUGACAUCCACUAUUUCUCUCCUCUCAAAUAAAGCAGAGACACUGACUUGCUGAGCUAAACAUUUACUUCCCAGAUGAGGCUGGUUUCUUAUAUGCAGCACUGACCUGAUGACUAUGAGCCUCUGCUCUUCCACUUCUCCACUUCCCUUCUAGCAUCAUUUUCAGACAUUUUGCAAGCACACCAUGGGGCAGCUUCCCUUUUCCUGGAAAAGUGAAAAAUAAAGUGGUCUUUCCUUCUCAUCUUUCCACUGGACCCCGCAUACUAUUCCAGCUUGCCCUACUUAUGCCAAGUAAAUGUGCAAUGAAUUCUACUUGAAUUUUUGAUAUGUCUGUAUAUAACUACUUUAGAAUUUGAAUAGCCUCCUAGAUAAAGACUAGCUCUGUAUGACAGUAACUGAAUAGACUUAUUAGAGUUGUUUCAACAGAAAUAUUUACUCAAUGGAAACAAUAUUUCCCAUGGAAAAUAAUACUUCAAUGAGAAACGUGAAGAAAUAAUGCUUUAUUUCUAAUAAUGAGAAAUAAUACUUUAAUGAGAAGCAACCCAGUGUGGGGAAGCACAUUCAUAUUUUGUAGUUUUUUUAAAUUUUGUACUCUUUUUAAUCCAUUCUUACAUUUAAAUUUAGCGGUGAUGUGUGUGUUUGUUUGUUUUUUUAAAAAAAUGAUCAGGCAAGAAUACACUCAGGAUCAAAAGUAGAGAAUGCAAGGGCUAAGAGGACCAUUUCAACUAGAAUGGCCUCUUGUAUGCACAAAGGAGAGGAAAUGUUUCAACAAGAAACAGGAGCCAAGAGGACGUGAAUUGGCAUAAAAUUUGUGUAUGUUAAUUUAUAGAGAGAUGCAAAUUUAGAACUGAUUCCUUUAAUUGGUGGUAGUACACUUUGGGUUCAUCCACACUUCUGCUUGUCCCAUGCCUAGGAAGCACAGGUCCAAGAGGUUUUCUCAUGCUCUCUAGACAGUAAAGAGCAGCACAGACAGAAGUGUGGACCAGAGCUACAUCUCACCUUAGUGGGGAAGUCUGUGUGCCUGCUCGGUUUUCUGUUCAAAUGUUAACUAUCACAGCCACCUUCAAGGCACCUGCUCUCCCUUCUUUUGGUUUUUUAGCUUUAAACUGGACUUGGAUCCAGUGGUGGUGGUGGUGGUGGGUCAACACUGAAAAUGGUAGGGUAAAGGCAGGGAGCCCCUCAGUAGGUGGAGCCAGAGCCAAUGACAGGCAGAGUCAACUAAUUCUAGUCUUGUCCCCAUGCUCCUCCCUGCUGAGUUCUACAAGGGCAACACUGAGCCUAAGACGAAAGAAGCUGACAGGAAUGGUCACCCCCUGGACUGGAUAUAAGUAAGAAGGCUAGCCCCAUUUACCCUAAUGAACCAACCUCUACUGCUUGGACCAGACAGGCCUUCAAACAGAAGGUUGUCCUCUGGCAGACCUUCAUACAGACGACUAUUUUCAGUGAAGUAGGAUACAUGGCCACCAGAAUUUCAACAUUAUUUCUAGAGAGCUCUAAACCAUUUCUGUACUCAAUUAGCUGAGCAGGAAGCACUGGCAGAAGCAGAUGAGAACUAGAAAAGCCACAUAGUUUUGGCAGCUGGAGGAGGAGGGCAAGGGAAUCAUGAGGCACCCACCUUACAGGUGCAGCGGUCAGGAAUCAGGCCCAAGCAAUUUCUGGAGCCUCUAGCACUGUUGAAAGUCUAAUCAGAGCUACAGGAAAUUAACUUCUCAUGAGUUAAUUAGAAUGAUAUGUUUCCUUAUAGCUUCUCCUAGGUUUCCUGGAGUAGUUGUGUCUGGUCUUCAUGCUCUAUGAGUGACCAGGACCAGUUUCAUACACUUGGGACGCCAAAAGCCCCUGAGGAGCCUCACAAGACCUAUAAACAUGAUUCACUCGUGCAAAGCCUUCACUGUCUUGCAAGUUCACUUCAAUUUUUCCCUCACGUGACCUCUUAAGAGUGGGAAUAUUAUCUACUGACGGAGUGUCAAGCAUGGCUGACACUUAUUCUUAAAGAAACUAGAAAAAUACUCAGUUCCAUCCCACACCACCACGCUACAGUUUAGACUAGAUGUUCAAGAUAGCAAACACCACUAACCUUGUAGACUGCACAGAUGACACCCAGGAAUAGGGGGAUCAGUUUGUUUAUCACAAAACUCAGAUAAGGGAAUUUUUGUCAUCCUCUUUCAGGAGGAUCUGGUUUCUAAAUAGUAAUGUGUUCUGCUGCCCUUUCAAAAACAUAUGUUUACUGAAUUAAUGUUGCAUCCCACCACCUUAUAUUGAGCAGAGAGAACAAGCGCAAUGAUGUAUUUGUGAUAGAAGGGUGGAUGAAAAACAAAAUCCUGUGCUUAAUUAACAUUUGCUUCCUUUAUAGCCCCUGAUUUCUCCAUAUUUCAAGAAGGAGGGUGGGAAGAUGCAUGUUCUCUUUUAAAGAAGUUUUAAAACUAUGCUUUGUUUUGUCCUAAUAAAGUUUGGACUACAACUUCUCUGAUUUGUGUCUGCUCUCAACAAAGCCAGUAUGGG